CCUCUGAUGUUGAAAGAAAAGCAUGAAAGAAAAGCAUGGUCUUUACCCUCAAUUGAAGAGUUUAACAAAAUCUAUUCUGGGUUGUUUUUUGCAAGAUUCCUCAGUCUAGACAUGCUUCUUGUGACAACUCCUCUUCUUGGGGUAAUGCACUCCCCCAUUACUGUAUCAUCUAAUGAUCCUAGUAUGUCUUCAAGUGCACAAUCAUUGGGAUCUCCAAGAGGGUGCGUUAGAAUAUCACGGAUUCUUGUAACUGGGAUAUCAUCAAAUGACCCCGAAGCAGUGUUUGUGCUGUUGCCAGAAGGCAUGUUGAGCUCCACAAAUCCAGAUUUUCCCCCAGGUCUACCUCCAUUAGCAGACUCUUCUUCACCGAGCAAUUUAGCAGCAAUUUCUUCCCAGGAAUAUGGAAACCCCAGUUGGAAACGGUCACAAAUCUGCUCAAAGCGACAGUCUUGGUUUUGAGUUAGAAAAUCAACAAAUGAAGUUGAAUGCAACUAGGGCAAGUCAUCUCUCUCUAUCUAAGAAACUGCAUCCAAAUUGAUUUUCCUUCUUUACAAUGCAUAGAUACUGAGCACAUAGAAGCUCUCAAUCAAAGAAAACAGAGUUUCUCAUGAGAAAACACUUACACAAGCAAGUGGGAACAACAAUUAACAGAUAUACACAGUAGGGUCAAUAUAUCUGCAUCACAAAU